CCAUCUGCGAGGCGCGAAAGGCCAGUAGAGAAGAGUAGCACCAUCACUGGUACAAUGGCAUCAACAACUGUAUCAAGCAAUGGCAGUGGCAGUAGCAAUGGCAACGGCAACAGCAACAUGUCCAACAGUGGCAAUGGCAAUAGCAGUAGCAAAAUGAUUACACCAUUUCCUUUUUACCAGGAGGAUGACGAUUCACAAAUCAUCUUCCUACAGAAUAUCAACAGAAAGGAUGGCCUGUCAGCCAUCAAGUGCUGCAAGCUCUCAAAGCUCAUCGAGAAAAUGACUCAGGCAAUAUCCUUUGAUUAUUUCUUCUCGUCAGCCUUCUUCCUUACAUUCCGAGACUUCACGACACCAUUAGAGUUAAUUCGUCUAUUGAUCACUAGAUAUACAGGUCCUCCAGUAGGCAGUAGCAAGGAUCACUUGAGACUGUUUGAGAUAGAGGUCGAGAUUGUACAGGAAAACGUUAUACACUUGUUUAGACAAUUGAUUGGAACACUAAAUGAGAAGGAUUUUCAGAAUGCAGAGCUAUGCAAUGUGUCGAUAGAGUUCCUUAAUACACUGAGCGAGGAUACAAAGAAUGAGUUGUUCUUGAUGUUCUUCAAGGCAAGGAAACUUACAAAGUUGGAGCCUCCACGCAAUGGUGCACAUCGUCCACACACCAGCACAAGCAUCUCCAACGCUGCCUCAACGAUGAGGUUCUCAUUCAGUGUCAACACCAAGGAGGAGCCCGUGCAGAACGUGCUGACUGGCCUGCUCAAUGGUGGCGCGCCACCCGGCACCACGUCGUCUGGCAGCGGCGUGCACUCGCCCACGCUCGAUCAUCCAAGCAGGAGCUCCAAGAUGAGCAAUCGCAGUGGAUUCCGUUCAAAGACGGGCAGCAGCAGUGCGGUGAGUGGUGCGCACUCCCCGUCGCACUCCUUUGGCAUCAUGAGCAGCAACAAUGGCAGCCAAUAUCAGAACAACGUGGACGAGGAAGGCUUGGAGAGGGCGGCCUUCCCACCAGAGAUCAUUGCUCGCGAGCUCACCAUCAUGGAGUACGAGCUGAUAACAUCGCUGACCACCAACGAGUUCUCCCAAAAGGCGUGGACCAAGGAGCAUCAAGCAGCCAACAUACAGAACUUUAUCAUUUGGUUCAAUAGAAUAGUCAGUUGGGUAUCGACCAAGAUUGUAUCGAAGGAGACACCUGAGGAGAGAGCAGUGAUCAUCGAGUCAUUCAUCAACAUUGCCAAUCACGCGAGAGAACUAAAGAACUACAACUGUGUCAUGGAGAUACUUGCCAGCUUACACAACUCUGCCAUAUCAAGAUUGAAGAGCAGUUGGGCUCUUGUCUCACCAAAGGCCAACGAACUAUUCACACAGCUUAACCAGCUGAUGAGCCCAGAUAUCAACUUCAAGGCAUAUAGGAAGCACUUGACAUUGGUGUCGCCAAGCGAGCCAUGUAUACCUUACUUGGCAUUGUUCCUCACGGACUACACCUAUUUGGACGAGUCCAACCCAUCACAUCUCAACAAUGGCACAAUGGUCAACAUCGAGAGGAUCUACCUGAUCGGCAACCGAGUCCAAGAGUUCUUCCAGUUGUUCACAAACUGCAACUACGCCUACCAGUCGAAUGCCCUGGUGCGCGAGGCCAUCCUCGGCGAGAAGGUCUGGGACGAGAACGAGUGUUUCCGCGUGUCAAAGAUCCGCGAGGACACGUCUGGCAGCUCCAGUCCAUCCUCACCAACGCCCUCAUACACAAGCAGUAGCUCGAGCUCCAUGUCGUCCUCGUCGUCCGUUCAGUCCAAGCGCAGGACGACCGCCACCAACAAGUACCGCAUGUCGUUCACGGGCAAUGACAUUGCACCAUCGAUCGCUUCGUCGCUCAGUGAGCGCGACUGGCACAUCCUCUCGACCAACGCCACGACACUUCGACACAAGAAGGGCAAGAAGAUCCUGCACAUGGGCGAGGUCAACCACAACCUGUAUCGUGUGAUGGCUGGUCGCAUCAAGUUUGAGAACAACUCCCCAGAGGAGACACGUUAUCUCGAGAGUGGCGACAUCUUUGGCGAGGACAGCUUCCUGUUUGAUCAUCCAAUGCUGUUCAAUGUGUACAGUGACAGCGAUGACUGUGAGAUCAUGGAGAUUGAGAAGUCCUUCAUCUUGUCGCUGUUUGCCAGUGAGCCAAUCUUGGCGGCGACCUACUACAAGCACAUUGCUGUCUUGAUGGCGGAUCGCGUCAAGUUUGUACUGUCCAGCAAUGAUUCUCCUGUGCUAAAUGGAGCCAACGGUGUCGGCCUCCACCACCACCUGCCGUCGAGCUCGUUGGCCCAAGGCACAUUCAUCGCCAGUACCUCACCAAACACUCCUCAAUGGUCGACCACCAACCUCAUGGGCGACAAGCAGCGUCGUUCCUCCGUCCUGAUACCCGAGCCAUCGUCGACGGACCUGCAGCGUCUUGGUGACGACUCCAAGUUCCGCUCGACCUUUGGCCUCGGACCCGAGGAGGUGAUCAUCAAGAGCUACUCAAGCAAACACAGCAACACCACCGGCACACUAUACAUUACCAAGCAUCAUCUAUGCUAUGAGGGCCGAGUGUUUGGCAUCAACAAGACCAAGCUGCUGCCCUUUGGCAAGAUUUCAAAGAUCCUGCCCGAGAAGGGCCAGGUCAGUCUGACCAUGAGCGACAAGAUCAAGAAGUUCAGCUUCAAGAGCCAGGAGGAGCUAAGCGAGGCCUAUGGCAUCAUGACCAAGAUAUGGAAGAAUCACUUUGGAACGGGUGCAGUGCGCUCGCCACCUCCAAAGACCCAGCCACAUCAGCAGCACCACGCGACACCUGGCGUGACGCCACCCACACCGCCUCGCGUUGCAAAAGCUGGUCAGCAGGCCGGCGAACUGUUUGCCGGCGUGCCCGACCUGCCGAGCAAGGAGGAGUGGGAGCAGAUUCUAAAGGGCGCCAAGACGCUCAAGUUCAAGAAGGGCGAGAUCCUGGUCGUGGAGGGCACUGAGUUCAACAAGAUCUUCCAAAUCGUCAAGGGCGAGUGUACAAUUAUCAAGGGUCUCAGUCUGACAGACAUCAACGCCAACAUGAACCCUCCAAUGAUCUCGUCAAUUGGUCUCAACAAGAAUCUUACGUCACUGGCCAAACUCUCUGCUGGACACAUCUUUGGAGAGAUGAGCUAUCUGCUUCCCAAUGGUUCAGCCAUCUCUGUUGUUGCCAGCAGCGAAGAGCUGGAAGUUCACACAAUCGAAGGUUACUUCCUCAACAUUUUCCUCAAGUCCAAGCCACUAUUGGCGCCCAAGUUCUACAAGUAUCUAGCAUGUGUACUUGAAUCACGCGUCAAACAAUAUCGACAGGCAAUUGUA